AUGUCAGGCCUGCAGACAAGGAGCGAGGAUACUAUCAAUGGAGUCGACGUACGAGAACAGGGUAGCGCAUUAAGAGUGGCGACUAACACUCCGCACCUGGUGAGCCUCGGUACCGGCCGCUUGAGCACUGCUGUCACCUUACAUCCGAUCAAGCAAGGUCGCGUAACAAUUGGCUCGGACCCGACAUGCGACAUCUACGUAGUGGGCACGGGUGUUGCCAGCGUGCAUUGCCGCGUGGAGAAUUCCCACGGCGUGGUCACAUUGUACCCCGUAAGUGGGAGCACGCUGUUGGACGGGCUGCCGGUAGAUAAGGCCACCAGGUUGUCCCAGGGUGACAUGCUAACAAUUGGUCGAUCCAACUAUCUACGCUUCAAUCAUCCAGAAGAAGCGAAGCUAAUGAAGUCAGUGUUACCGUCGGGCCACGUGUCCAUGGCGCCGAUACAGUUUCAACCUAACGAACAGUGUCUGCCAGCUGGCUACGUCAACCACAACACAGAAACAACUCAAUGUUACCAAACCGCAAACAUCCAGAAGAUCUACAAAGACACCUCACUCUCCCAACUGGACCAAGAAUUAGAUAUGACGCUGAGAGAGAUGUCGAGAAAGAAGCCGCCCGUCGCCCCAAAAAAACCUUACAGAGACCUCGACCAGUCCGACUCAAACUCCGAUCAGGAAUCGCGGCCGAAAAUGUCCGGGAUCAUGGCGAAAGUGUCCAAGUUCGAAUACUACGCCAAACAACAGAAAUGCGUCGGCAGAAGUCAAUUCUACACGACGAACGAAAACGAAAUCUCGCCAAAAGUGUUCAGCGCGAACUCUUUAACAGUGAACACUCCAGCCAAGGACGUACUUGGCGGCAAAGCGAUGCCUAACUACAUGACCAAAUUCAAGCACGAACAGAAAAUGAUCGUACUCAACGAAAACAAUAGCAUCGAUGCCAGGAACUGUUCGUACGCUAACGUCGCUGUAAGAAACAAAACUAAAAUAGACGAUAUCGUUAGAAAUUUCGACGAAUCUAGAAAUGAAUUUAACAAAUUGCCGAAGAAAAUUAACAAUGAUCAAAUGAAAACGGAGAAUGUUUACGGCAGAAUAAAUAUUAAAGAAACAAAUUGCGAAAUGAAAAAUAAUGUGGAGGUAAAACAAAGUAAUUUGGAACAUAGAGGCGAAGUUCUAGAACCUUCUAGAGAGCAUGGUAAUGAAAGGAGUAAAGGGAUCGGCUUGCCAUCUUCAGCUUAUGAUAGGAAUCCGCAGUAUUCACCGGUGUACGCGAACUACCAGUACGAUAGGGGCCUAGAGGCAGAAAAUAUGAGAAAAAAGGCUUACCAGGAUAGAAUAAAGGAAGAGCAGCAGAAGGAAGCCGAAACGGCGCGAUUAGAGGAGAUCCUCAACAUGUGCGCGGAGUAUGAACGGCAAAUUGCCACUGGUAAUCCUAUAACUCCUACGGAGAAGAGGUCACACAAUAAGAUAAUCACGAACGGAUCUCUUCCCCGUAGCGUAGCUCACAACAAUCCAAACAUCAUACAAACCAGUGAAGGAUACUAUAAAUUCGAUACUAGUCACAGCCGAAGUACUCCAAUUAAUUCUUUGAAAAGGAAUUUAUCCAGCUAUGAAAAUUAUGAUCUCCCCCAAUCGCCAACUCAGAUCGAACAGCUAACGCCAGAAGUGACCAUAGGCCAAAACUAUGAAAACGUUGGACGCAUGGAUGAAAUAGGUAUACCCGUGUUCGAUGACGAGAUGAGCGAAAUGUCUAGUCCUAUCUUAUUAAGGAAGAAUGGCGACAGGGUGCAUCUGUCAGCUUCGCCAAUAGGCAGUCCUUACGAGAACGUCUACUACAAAAACAACGCCUACGGCAACUUCAAGCCAAAAUCACCUAACACGCAAAGUCCUAGAACGAGAAUAAAGACUAGUCUCGCGCAUAAGAAUCUCACUUCGCCUCAGUAUUUCAUAUUUCCCACACCACCACCCAAGGACAACAAUAAACAACCUGAUUUUAGUCAAGAAGUCGCUCGUAGUCCUCGGGAUAAUGCUGUAGUAGAUGAAAAUAACACAAAAGAUCCAAAAUGUGUAGGUAUAGAGAAGCAAUUAAGUCUAGAAGAAGAAAUCCCUAUGAUAGAUGAUGCUGAUUUGACAAACGAUUUAGAAUUCAGAUAUUCUAGAGAUUUUACCGACAAACAAAAAGAACAAGAAGAUAAAUCUAAUCAGCAGAAAGAAGAACCAAAAGAUUUCACUGCAGUGGAAGUGGAAGUGCACGUUGAAAAAGUGCUAUCGAAAAAUCUGAGUUUCGACGACGUCAAAAAAGAAUUGAUGGCAGACAUUCCCGAAUUAGAAGAAUUCGAAAAAGACUUAAAGCAGAACAAAAGACAAAAUAUCAUUAGACACAUAACAGAAGAUAUGAAGAAGAUGGAUAUAGAAGCAAGUUCCAUUGACAGUGCUGUGUUAGACGAUAACGUUGACGAUUUGAAAUCUAAAUAUGAGAGCUUGAAAGAAGAGAGGAAGAAGUUGGUCGCACAAAUACAUGAAAUAAAAUGUAAAAUGUCCGAGAUUCGGUCCCAAGAAGACGACAUUUUACGAGAGUUGGAGAUGGAGAAGGCUCUUAUCAAAGGAGAAUACGACUCGGAGAUAGCAAUACUGAAUAUAGAGCAGAGGAAGAAGGCUGAGUUGACAGAAAGCGCGCGGAGGAUAGAGGAAGAGAUCAAGCAAAUGAAAGAGAAACAAGAGAUACGUCAGAACGAGAUGAGAGAUAGAGUCGAGAUCGCAACCACGAAAGUGAAAAGGUUAGAAAAAGAUCUCAAGGAUAACGCAGCCACGCUGGAAGAACUUCAGAACGCGCAGGAUAUUUUGGAUAAUGAGACCAAGAUUUUCGAGGACUUAGAGUUCCAGCAUUUGGAAGAGGAGUCUGAGUUAUUGGCAAACAGAGAAGACAUACAAAACGAGAUCAUCAACCUAACGAAGAAGAUAGAAGCACAGAAGAGCAGAAUACUAAACCUGAAGUCUGAAGCCAACAACAACUUGACCUCAGCGUUGGACGAAACGAAAGUACUCCAAGCGGAAUACGUCAGAUUACUGAACCAAGUUGAAGUCCUAACGGGAAAAGUACAAAACAUCGAAAAGGAGCUGAAACCAAUUGCCAACAAAUUGAACGACGCCGAAAGAACCCAGUCGCCGGACAGCGCGUUCUACACAGACCAGACAAGAGCGAAGUCUGGAGAAUUCGAUAGGAUUUCGAAGGUGACUAUCGACGCACCGAUUCUGUCGAGCGACACUGACAUGAACUCGCUAGGGAAGAGGACCCUGGACAGCCUGAUGGAGAUCGAGAGGAAACGUAUUGAGAUGUUGGAAGAACAAGGAUGCCAAGUGAUAGAGAACGAACGCGAGAAGAUAUCAGAGCUGAAGCGGCGAGCGCAAGACGAAACGAAGAAGCUUUGGGAUCAGAAGAACAGGAUGGAGCAGGCCAAGUCGGUCGACAGCGACACCUACCUGGUGUCGGGCGAGUUUAACAACUCCAACGUGGCUAAUGACGUUGACAAGCCAACUGACAGGACGUACGGGAACAUGGUCGACGAUAGUAUGGCGGAUGACGCGUUCAAUCUGACCAGCUCGACGAUUUACGAGGAGAGUUCGGGAUUUUUGUCAUCAUCCAUCGAGGAGUUGCAAGUACGCAACUCGCGCACCGAGUCAACCGAGGACGACAAACGGAGCGACGACAGCCGGCCGCUCAGUCAUGCUUCGGAUUUCAGUAGGGACAACAUACUGUCGCUCAGCAGCGCGCCGCGGCGCAGUCGGCGCGGAGUGUUCGCGGAGUGCUCGCGGCCGCUCACGCGCUACCUGCCCGUCGACACCGACGACUUUGACCUGCGCACGCACGUCGAGUCCGCGGGUCACCAGAUUGAGCUGUGCCCCUACGUGAUCAUUGAUUCCACGUCGUGUCGCGGAUACUUGCAUAAGCUCGGCGCGAAGUUCCACACGUGGUCCAAAAGGUGGUUCGUUUUCGACCGGGAGUCGAAAACGUUCGUGUACUACUGGGACAAGAGCGAGAAGAAGCCGCGAGGUGGCGCUUACUUCCAGGUAAUCGAAGAGGUGUACCUAGACCACGGAAACACGUCCAAGUCUCCGAACCCGCAGACCACGUUCAUAGUGAAGACCAGGCAGCGCCGCUACUUCCUCAUGGCACCCUCUGGUGAAGCGGCAAGGAUCUGGAUCGAUGUCGUGUUCACAGGGGCACAGGGCUACACGGAGUACCUCGAAUGA